AUGAUUGAAAAACAAGUAAAGAAAUUAUACGAAACCAAGAGAGCUCAUCAGGAAAGUUAUCGUACAGCUCAGUUCCAAAAAUGGUUAUUACAGGAUGGUGCACAAACAACUCCGGAGCAACAACAGUUAAUAAAACAGAGAUGUUUAGAUGUGGCUGCUAAGGAAAUGGACAGGCUUGAACACACUACAGAAAAACGGAGUGCACUCUGGAUGAAGGAAGAAGAAAGCCGACAUCAGGAUGACAUAAGAAGAAAACUUAAUCUCUGUAGACAAAUUGAAGAGAAAUGGAAGGCAAAAGAACUGUUACUUCUAACAAAGAUUGGAGAAGAAGUAAAAAGAGAAGCAAGAGUUGAAGAACGACGGCAAAAAUUCCGAGAAGAAUCUAACCGGAAGAAACACGUACUUCUAGAGAAAAAAGUUGCUUAUCAUUUACAAAAAAUGCAAAAGAAUGACCUUAAAACAGAAGAACCAGAGAAAAACAUAUGUGAAAACAAAGGACCACAUCAAACAGAAGGGUCAGUUCACUAUGCUCCCCGUGGCACCAAAGUUUCCUUCAAACACUCAGUAACCGUGUUAAAUUCUCCACCGGAAGUGCGGAGUAACACGACAGAACCAAAGCAAGAUAAAGAAACGACUAAAAUACCAAGGCCUUCAAAUAAGAGAGGAAUGAAACGUACCACAUUUCUCAUUCCACCUGUUUCUGCUGAAACAUCGAGUGUCCCCAAACUACCUCUACAAGAUGUUCCAAGACAAGAAGCAAGUAACAUUUCUUUUGUACCAGAUGUAGGCAGAACAAAUGAAGUAUGA